AUGACAGUUGGUUUGAGGAGUAUAGUAUUUGAUGCUGCAAAGGUUAAUAUUGGUUGCAGCAAGACGUUUAGUUUGGUCAAGGAAAUGACUGGUGGCUAUGCUAAUGUUGGUGCUACAUUACGCGAUUUUAGGAAUUUUGACAGGGAUUUAAAUGAGUUUGUUGGAGAGAGGGAUGGCCAGAUGUUGAUUGACGAGUUUAGAAUAAUGCAGGAGACAUCCAAAUCAUUUUAUUUUGCUCAUGAAGUUGAUGCUGAGGGUCACUUAACUAUGCUUUUCUGGGCUGAUGCAGUUGGGAGGAGAAACUUUGAAAUUUAUGGCGAUGCUGUGUCAUUUGAUACAAACAAGUAUAAUAUGAUUUUUGCUCCUUUUACUGGUGUUGACAAACAUGAUAGAUGUGUCACAUUUGCUGCUUGUUUGUUAUCAAAAGAAGAUAUUUGUCAUUAUAAUUGGGCUUUUAAACAAUUUGUCAAAGCUAUGGGACGAAAUCCCGUUGUGUUUAUUACUGAUCAGUGUCCAGCAAUGAAAGUAGCUGUGUCGGUUUCAUUUUGUGGAGAUAAUGAUUUGAUUCCGAGUAAACAUCGCCUUUGUAUGUGGCAUAUUAUGCAAAAAUUUCCAAUCAAGGUUGUCAAUCGAUUGUGUAAAGAAACAGAUUUCAUGGAAAAAAUGAAAAAGUACAUAUGGUCGUCAAAUUUGGAAAUUGAAGAAUUUGAAAAUGGAUGGCAAUCAGUUAUAAAAGAAUUUAAUUUGGAAGAUAAUAAAUGGUUGGCUGAUAUGUAUGAAAUAAGGAAGUCUUGGAUUCCUUCAUAUUUCAGGGACAAUUCUAUGUUUGGCUUGAUGGGAACUACUUCAAGGUCCGAAAGUGAAAAUUUCUUCUUUGGACAGUUUCACAGACAAGGCAAACCAAAUACUUUGUCAAGAUGGUUUCUUGAAGAUGAUGCUGCUGACUUGUUUACACGGACAAUCUUUUACAAAGUACAAGAAGAGAUUUUGGCGUCUUGCUUGGAAAUGCAAAUUAAGAGGAUGAGUGAAGAGGUUGAUGGUGUAACUCAAUUGGAUAUAAAGGACGUGAAAGUUAAAGAUAAACUUUUCAAAGUAGCUGUUAGCAAAACACAUGCUGUAUGUUCAUGCAAAAAAUUUGUUAUGUGUGGAAUUCUUUGUAGACAUGCGUUUUGUGGUUUGAAGCAAAUAGGUGUCAUAAAAUUUCCUCGAAGUCUUGUGCUUAAUCGGUGGAUGAAGAUUGUAGAGUGCGGGACUUUAUCUCAAUCAGUUGCGGCUGGAGUUCAAAUGGAUAAGCUUGAUUAUGUGCGUAAAAUCAUAAAGCAGAUUAGUUCUGAUCUCGAAAAUUCUGGUGGAGAUGGUGCUGAUUUUAGUAAGAGAGAUCAUAUUGCUGCCAUGGUUGGUGAACAGCCUGUUGGAGAUGUAAGUAUACUUGUGCCGAAUGUUUGCAAGAAUAAGGAAAAUUAUUUUAAACGGCUUAUUAGUGAGAGAGAGAGAGAGAAAGCAUUGAACAAAGCGAACAAAAGGAUCCGAAGGUGUAAGGAAUGCUCGGGCACGAAUCAUGAUUCAAGAACUUGUCCGAGGAAGAAGACAGGAAGCACAGAUGCAAGAGCUGAGAACCAAUCUUGA